UUGGGAUUGUACUUGGAGACUCACACGGAGCACUUUACCGUUUCAUCACACAGGGUUGAAAGCAAACUCCCUCCAGCUGGCUUAUUUUUGGUCCUUUCAAGAGCGGAUCCGCUUGCAGUUAACAUCCAAGGACUUGGGUUCGUGCGCAAAGACACUGCUCUCCAAAUCGGUUUUACGCACCGCAGCAAAAAGGCAAUCAGCUCUUAUUUUGUCAACUUUUGAAGUACUUUAAAACUCAUCGUGGCAAAGUGAAGUCCAAAAAGGCUUUCACUCUCGCGAGAAAGCAUUAAUAACCCCCUUUUUUCACGCGUAAUUUGGCCCCAAACAGUUUUUCGUAUGAAUCUCCUCGACCCAUACCUGAAGAUGACGGAGGAACAAGACAAGUGUCUCUCUGAUGCCCCGAGCCCGAGUAUGUCCGAAGACUCUGCGGGCUCCCCGUGCCCAUCUGGCUCGGGCUCGGACACUGAGAACACCCGGCCAUCGGAGAACGGGCUGCUGAGAGGAGACGGAGAAUUAAAGAAAGACGAGGAAGAUAAGUUUCCCGCUUGCAUUCGUGAGGCUGUGUCCCAGGUGCUCAAAGGUUACGACUGGACCCUCGUGCCUAUGCCAGUGCGCGUAAACGGAUCCUCCAAGAACAAGCCUCACGUGAAGAGACCGAUGAAUGCUUUCAUGGUGUGGGCUCAAGCUGCGCGCAGGAAACUGGCGGAUCAGUAUCCACACCUGCAUAAUGCGGAGCUCAGCAAAACCCUGGGCAAACUCUGGCGACUUCUCAAUGAAGGAGAGAAGCGGCCGUUUGUAGAGGAGGCUGAGAGGCUCCGGGUGCAGCAUAAAAAGGAUCACCCUGACUAUAAAUAUCAACCCCGACGGAGGAAGGCUGUGAAGAACGGGCAGAGCGAGUCUGAGGACGGCAGUGAGCAGACGCACAUUUCCCCUAAUGCCAUCUUCAAAGCUCUCCAGCAGGCAGACUCUCCAGCCUCCAGCAUGGGAGAGGUGCACUCUCCUGGUGAGCAUUCAGGUUCCCAGGGGCCUCCAACGCCUCCCACCACCCCGAAGACUGAUGUCAGCUCAGGCAAGAUGGACCUUAAGCGUGAAGGAGGCCUCCGCUCUCUGCCUGACGGCCCUGGCGGGCGCCAGCUCAAUAUCGAUUUCCGUGAUGUGGACAUUGGGGAGCUGAGCAGCGAUGUCAUAUCCCACAUCGAAACCUUUGAUGUCAACGAGUUCGACCAGUACCUGCCACCUAACGGGCACCCUGGCUCUGCAGCUGGCCCCGGCAGCACCACCCCUGUCAGCUACACUGGCAGCUACAGCAUCAGCAGUGGCGCCCCAGUGAGCCCGCAGGCGGGAGGCGUGGCAGCCUGGAUGGCUAAAAGCCAAAACCAACAGGGACAGCAGCAGCACACCCUGACCACCCUGGGGAGCAGCAGCGGCUCAGAGACGGCUCAGGCCCAGCACAGGACCCAGAUCAAGACGGAACAGCUGAGCCCGAGUCACUACAGCGAGCAGCAGGGCUCCCCGCAGCACGUCGCCUUCAGCCCCUUCAACCUGCAGCACUACAGCCCCCCUUCCUCCUACCCGGCCAUCUCCAGGGCGCAGCAGUACGACUACGCCGACCACCAGGGGGGGAGCACCGCCGCGGCAUCCUAUUACAGCCACGCGGGGGCGGGGCAGGGCUCUGGGCUCUACUCGACUUUCAGCUACUUGAGCAGCCCCAGCCAGAGGCCCAUGUACACACCCAUAGCCGACAACACAGGGGUGCCCUCCAUCCCCCAGAACAGCCCGCAGCACUGGGAGCAGGCUCCAGUAUACACCCAGCUCACAAGACCCUGAGGUGCCAGGCGGACUGAGAGACAACAAACACAAUAACAUGUACAGCUGCACACAUUUAACACACACAUGCAGACAUUUACUCCAGGGAGAGCUCUGCUCCCUGAAUCAGACACUUGAAUUGGAAGAAAAGGAGAGCUGGACUUGUAAUUGGCUCACACCGUGCCUUGCUAUUGUAUCUUGAUAGAAACUAUAUAUAUUUUUAGAGAGAUGAAGAACCUUAGGAAAAUCCUCUGUGAGGACUUAUUGAUUGUUGAUAUUUCAGUAGGAACUGUGUAUGUUUCUUUUUUCUAUGUUUUUUUCCUUAUACGCUGGCAGUAACCCAUGGGUUGAAUGGGCUUGGGUAAUUAUUUCUACCAACAUGCAUUCCACAAAAAAAGCUUUAUACUCUCCACAGCUCAGACACUAACCACUCAUGGUUGGGCAGUAUCUGGUUCUCUGUUAGAUCCCACUUUCUUGCUUCUUCUUUUUGUGCUAUUCAGCAAGUAUGGUUUGUAUUUAAGCUGUUUAUUUGUUUUCACAACUAAUGUGUCAUGACCAUAGAAAAGCUAUUAGGCAAUACAGAGAAAGAGGGAGCGACUGUGUUUCAUAAUGCUGGGCUUUCUUAACGGGGGGAGACUGCAGCCCUUUUCACCAUCCGUGCCUUGGAUUUUUACAUUUUCUCAACUUUCUGAAUGUGUGUGAGAUUGCGUGUGUGUGUGCCACAGCUGAGAUUACACUUACCGUCCAGCAGCGCUCGUUUGACAGCUCCAGGAAGUCACCUUUGACCCCUGGGUGUCCCCCCUGCAGUCUCCUGCCACGCUGGUGUUCGACGUUUUCCCUUCACGUCUUCUUUCUGGUCAACCCCAAUUAAAAAUUUUAUUUAUUUAUUAGCUUUAAUUUUAUUUCAAAGUAAUUAUUUUGCAUUCUAUUCUAAUAACUAAUGAAUUGUUUUCUUUGCGAUGUAGGCAGCAUAUUAUUUCCCCUCUUUCCAAAUUUUGUUUUCAUUCCAGGGGGUAUUUAGAACAAAUGGUACAUGCUGUAACCGCCUUUUUUGUUGGUUUUUUUUAUUUAUCAUAUGUAAAUGUCUAUUUUAAGUACAUAUUUGCUUUUUUCUGAGGAGUGGAAGGAACUAUAACAAAAUGUGUACGGAUUAUUUGUGAUUAUAAUUUGAGUUGAACUUAUAACUAUGGCUGAAGGAACUGGAAAUGUGUUCUUUUUCUGUUUGUGACCGUCCACUUUUACUGCUUUACAAAUUCCAUUCCUGUCUCUCACAAUAUGACAAAACUGAAGUUCCAAUACUCCUUUUUCCUUCAUUGACCUUGCCAUGUAUUUGUACUGUCUUUGAAAGAAUCUUUUGUAUAUGUAUUUGCAAUAAAAAACAAAA